GAGGCGAGAAAAAAAAAAAAGAACUCCCCUCCACGGUGGCACGGAUCCCAUACUUUAUAUUCCAAAAUUCUUUCGCUGCACUUUUUUUUUCCCCUCUUUCUUCUUCUUCUUCCUUAUAGAUGCAGCAGAAAUCUCCUCCCACGCGCGUUCACGAUUCUUAGCGUACACCCAUCUGCAGGGUCUCCUUCGAUCCCAUUCUUGCCGUUAUCCUUUUUGUUUUUGGUUCUUUUUUCAAAUCCCAACCUCUUUCAUGUUUGCCUUAUUUGUACAGUUUCUUGUAUCUGCAUUUGGAAAAUAGCGAUCUUUGCUAACAAUGAAGAUUUCUUUUUGGGCCUUUGUUGUUUCGAUUCUUCUCCUCUUUUUGGCAUCUGGGUCUUUCUCAAUUGACAAUUUUCACCAACCGUUUCCUAUUGUGGAGCCCGAUCCUGGUCAUACAAAGCUACGUCUUUCGAGGGAAGGCUUGGAAGCCAUCAGCAGAAUAACUACCCCAAUUGCAGCUGUUGCUGUAAUUGGUCCCUACCGCUCUGGCAAAUCUUUUCUGCUAAAUCAACUUCUUUCGCUGUCUUGUUAUGAAGGAUUUGGUGUUGGACACAUGCGUGACACAAAAACAAAGGGGAUUUGGGUUUGGGGAACCCCACUAGAAUUGGAUAUUGAUGGAGUAAGAACUUCAGUUUUCUACCUUGAUACUGAGGGUUUUGAAAGUGUUGGGAAGUCAAAUGUAUAUGACGACAGGAUUUUUGCAUUGGCAACUGUUAUGAGUUCUGUACUAAUUUAUAACCUGCCUGAAACGAUCCGUGAAGCUGACAUAUCUAGGCUGUCAUUUGCUGUUGAGCUUGCUGAAGAAUUUUAUGGAAGAGUGAAGGGGCAAGAUGUUGCUUUUGAACCUGCAAAACUUUUGUGGCUCAUCCAGCGUGAUUUUCUGCAAGGGAAGUCUGUGCAAGAAAUGGUGAAUGAGGCACUUAGGCAUGUCCCUAACACUGAUGGGGACAAAAAUAUUGAUCAGGUUAACCAGAUCCGGGACUCCUUAGCUGUAAUGGGUGAUAACAGCACAGCAUUUAGCCUUCCACAACCUCAUCUCAUGAGAACAAAGCUUUGUGACCUGAAGGAUGGUGACCUUGAUCCCAUGUAUGUUAAGAAAAGAGAGGAAUUGAAAGAACUUGUUGCCAGUGUUAUACGUCCAAAGAUUGUGCAGGGCAAGCCUUUAAAUGGGAAGGAGUUUGUAUCAUUCCUGGAACAGAUACUUGAAGCUUUGAAUAAUGGGGAGAUCCCAUCCACAGGCUCUCUUGUGGAGGUUUUCAAUAAAGGUAUUCUUGAGCGAUGUUUGAAGCUAUACAGUGAAAGGAUGGGAAGAUUAGUUUUACCUAUGCCAGAUCAAUCCUUACAACAAAUACAUGAAAGGUCGCGAGAGGAAGCAAUGAAGGCUUUUGAUGAACAACAUUUUGGCCGUCACCAUGCAAAGAGAUCUGCCAAGCAACUGGAUGAAGAAAUAAAGGAGGUAUAUAAGAAUGUCAUUAUGGCGAAUGAAUAUCACUCCUCAAGGCUCUGUGAGGCACUGUAUACCAAAUGUGAGGACAAAAUGGACCAGCUUCAAGUUCUCAGACUUCCUUCCAUGGCAAAAUUUAAUGCAGGUUUCCUGCAAUGCAACCAAAGUUUUGAGCAGGAGUGCAUUGGGCCUUCAAAAACAAGCUACGAGCAACGCAUGAUGAAGAUGAUGGGAAAGUCACGUUCUCUGUUUAUCAAGGAAUACAAUCAGAGGCUCUUCAAUUGGUUGGUGGGCUUCUCCCUUGUCAUGGUGGUGGUUGGCCGGUUUAUCAUAAAGUUCAUAUUGAUUGAAAUGGCAGCAUGGAUACUCUUUAUCUUCUUAGAGACAUAUACGAGGAUGUUUUGGUCAGCGGAGUCGCUUUACUACAACCCGGUGUGGCAUUUUAUCGUAGCCACUUGGGAAACUCUUGUCUACGGUCCGAUCCUUGAUUUGGACAGAUGGGCUAUUCCCAUUGGUUGUAUAGCGGCAAUAUGGAUACUUUAUUGGCGGUGUUAUGGGAGAAGGAAACAUGGGUCGCGUUGGCUUUUACCUCUGUAUACUAGUCAUAAAGGUGGCUCAAACAGACCAAGAUCAGAUUAAUGGAGAGAUGGGUGUGGCAUUGGGUAUGCAGCUUUUGAUCAAUCAUCUUGGGCGAGCUUUUCCUUUUUUUUUUAACAUAUGAAAGCCCGCCGAUCAAUUUUUUGUUCAGGAUAGGUCCUCCAAUCUGAGAUUUGUCCAAGAAGGGAAGAAUCAGAAGAUGAUCAACCACCCACACUUAUAGUAUCACUAUCCUUAUACUGUACCAUUGUUACACAAAAUCAUUUGUAUUAAUAUAAUCUGAUUUGUUUCUAAUGCCAAUUAUUUAACACCUUCAGCUUU